AUGUCCGAGAUUGAAACAAAUACCUCAACCGCUGAAGAUUCAGAUGCUACUACGGUUUCCAUGGGUGAUGAAAGAUCAAAUAACUCUUCAUUCUUUGAGGCUAGACAUGUUGAUAUAGCUGAUGAUAGCUUUAUGCUUAGUGAGAUAGAGAAUAGUAUUGAACAUUCUAUUGAAGAACAACAGCAACAUCAAGAAGGAAAAGAAGAAGAAAUUUCAAUCAUUAAACAAGAUAAAAAGGUCAAUGUCACAGAUAUAUUUAAUAGAUUAAAACCAUCAAAGAUAAGGAAAUUAGAAGAAGAACAAGUACAAGACCCAGAAGUAUUGGACUAUCCAUUACCUGUUGCUACUCCUAUUGAUUCAGAACCUGUACCCAAAGUUCAAUAUGGUGUUACAGCAAGAGAUUUAUUAACUGGUAAUCCAUCUAAAAAAUCUAAAAAGAAAGAUAUCAAGAAAGACAAACAUAUAGAGGAAGUUCCAAUAACACUUGUGGACGAUGAAACUUUUGAAGAAUUGGAACCUAAACCAAAAUCUGGAAUUACCGCUAAGGAUUUACUUACAGGGAAACCUUCAAUACCAUCACCAGUACCAAGAUCAAGCACACCUAUACCUGAAGAUGCUGAAAUGAUUGAAUUAGUAACAUCAGAUGAAGAGGAAGACAUAACAACAAAGGAUAGUAAAGGUACCAAAAAGAAAAGAAAAUAUCAAAAACGUGAUAAAGAACCUAAACAAUCACUGAUGAUUACACUGAAAUAUAAACCUCAUAAACAAAGAAUUGCAGAUUUAGAAAGUAAGAUACGGAAGUCAAUGACUUCAUCAGUAUCUGCAAAGGAUCUUUUCAAAAGAUUCGAUAAGAAAAAAGAGGAACCAAAAGAUCCAAAAGAACAACCAAGUGAACUAAAACAAGAACAUUUAAUAACGCUGAAAUUAUCACCUACAAAACUGAAAACUAUUAAAUCUCCAGUCAAUGAUGACGUUUCAUUAUUUACUAAAGGUACAACACAUGUUAAUGGUGCUAAAUCAUACCUUGACCUAUUAUCAUAUAAACCAAUAGUUGCCAAAAAUCCAAUAUAUAAACUGAAAGAAUUACAACCACCAAUUAUUCCAAAAGAAUCUAUGCAUGUGACUUAUGAUUCAAUACCAAUACAACACAGAACUAUUACAUUACCUAAAAAACAUGAAUUAAUAACUGAAGACUUAGAUUAUUCAUUAAUUGAUAGAAGAUCAAUAAAGACGGAAGAUUUACCAAUUUAUAAUUUUAAUAUUAUUUAUUCAAAUGAUGAAGAUUUGGAACAACUUAUUAGAUCUAAAAUACCAAAUAUUGAUAAUGAUUCAAGAUUUAAGAAAUUUUUGAAAAUUACAGAGAAUCCAAAUAAUUCAUUAUGGACAACUUUUUUCAAACCAGAAUCACCAUCAGAAAUUCUUUUUGAACCAAAAAUUGUUGAAAAUUUACAAAGAUGGUUAAAGAAUUCAUUUCAAAUUUUGAAAAAAAAAACUAAAAGACCAAAUUUAAAAAAAUUAAGAAAAAAUAAUGAUGAUGAAAUGGAUGAUUUCAUAGUUGAUGAAGAUGAUGAAGAAACUGAUGAUGAAGCAUUCGUACCAAUUAUGAUUCUAAAAGGCCCAGAAGGUGUUGGGAAAAGUAGUGCAAUUUAUUCAUUAGUGGAAAAUUUAUCUGGUUAUGUUUAUGAAAUUAAUGCAUCACAAUCAAGAGGUAGAAAAGAUAUUAUGACAACUUUAACAGAAUUAAGUACAACACAAUUAGUUCAAAAUUCAAACCAAAAUUCAAAUGAUUUUCAAAAAGGUGCUAUAUUAUUUGAAGAUGUUGAUAUAUUAUUUGAAUCUGAUAGAGGUUUUUGGAAUGUCAUGGAACAUGUUUUAACCAUAUCAAGAAGACCAAUUAUAUUAACAUGUAAAGAUUCAAGUAUGAUCCCAGAAAAUAUCUUGGAAUGUUCAAUAAAUGAAAAUUCAUUUUUUGAAAUACCUAAACAAUCAUUAGAUGAUUUAGCAAAUUAUCUUUGGUUAAUGGGGUUAACUAAAAAAAUAAAUCUUGAUGAUCAAUUAAUUCUUGAUUUAAUUUAUGAAAAUUCUAUGGAUUUAAGAAAAUGCAUUUCUGCAUUACAAGUUUUAUGUGAAAUUUCUUGUCAUUAUGAUGAUGAUCCAAAUCAAUUAAUAAAUUUACAAAGUAAACCAAAAAUUAAUCCUCCAAAAAUCCAAGAUGAAACUUCAUUAGACAAGAUUGCACAAUUAGAUGAUUGUUAUUCCAUAUCUGAUAUGAUUCAAACAGUUACCAAAUCAUUUAUAAAUCAUGAAAUUAUUGAAAAUGAAGUAUUAUCAAAUGAAAUUUAUUUAAAUGAAGAAGAAUUGAAAACAUCACCAUUACCAUUUGAAUAUAAUUUAGGUAAAGAUUUUGAAUCACAAUUACCCGAAUAUCCAUAUGAUAAUUUACAAAAUGGAUCAAAAUAUAUCAAGAAAUUAGAUGAAUUAUUUUGGAAAUCAAAAUUAAAAAUUGUUAAAAGAAUUACAAGACAAUCUGCAUAUUCAAUGUUUGAUUUUAAUGAAACUAGUUCAGAUGUUCAAAAUGUUUUCAAUUUACCAACAUCAAUUUAUACAACUGAAAUUUCUCCAGUUUUCAGAAGUUUAAGUAGAAAUGAAACCAAGAUUGAUAAUUAUAAUAAUGAAUUAAUUGCACAACACCCGGAUAAAAAAAUUGAUGAACUGUUAAGAGAACGAAUUUUGAUUCCUAAGAAUUUCCAAGUUAGAAGUGAUACACUGCUUUAUGGACCAUUAAGAUAUUGGAAUGUUUAA